AUGAGUCGAGGGCAGCACAAGUACAAACCUGCAGAUGCAACACCUGUGGUGCGUGGCGAGAGCAGCCAGGGUGGUGCUGUGGAUGCGCUCCAAGCUGCUGCAGAUCGCAUUCGCACGAACGCGAACAAACGUCCACACACGGAUAGGGUGGGAGAGUGCACUCGCAUGACAGACAACGCUGACGCUGCCGAGAUGAACGAGGAUCAAACAGGGUAUCAUUUCUACCCAGGAGGUGAUGCGUCACACGUCGACGUUGACACCCGUGUGUACCGUUUUGUAAGGACAGCAGCGGGGGGUUCCGGUCUCUCGCGGGUGGAUAUCAAGGAGUUGAUAUCCAUCUUCAUAGAGGUGUUGAGUAAUUCGGGGCGUUUAUCGAUCAAGUCACUCGCCGCGUUUGACAGCUACGAGAAGAUGCAACUUGCCGACGCUAAUUUGCACCCAUUCGAACAGGUUAACCUCACGAAGGAGGGGAAUUUGCAGCCAGUCAUCAUGUGGCGCCGUUCCGUGCUGUCAUGCGUGAAGAGCCUUUACGAGAACGAGGCGAACGCUUCUGGUUUCGUCGUGAAACAACCCAAGGAGAUUCCUAAUGCAAAACGGAUUUACAAAGGUCCUGAGACGGGGAGCUGGUGGCGUGAAGUUCUUCAAGAGUUGCCUCAAGGAGCGUCGGUAGUUGCUGUGAUCAUUUACUCGGACGAGACAACACUCACCAUCGAUGGAGGCCUCAAAGGAUGGCCUGUGUACAUUUCACUCGCCAACAUCGCUGCGGGGAACCGUUGGAGAACGCACGGCCAUCGACUCGUCGCUUUGCUACCUGACGACGACGGCAGUUUCUACUCGAAGGCGGAUCAACCACGUCGACGGCUGGAAGUGUUCCAAGAGGCUCUGGAUCUCAUCAUGGAGGAGUUGAAGGUUGGACAACACGAGUAA